AUGGAAACGACGGCGAAACUUAUUGACUAUUUACCGGCACAUCAUCGCACUCACGCAACUGUUACGAAAGUAUUAGAAUUACACUGCUUUUGCGACGCGUCGCAGAAGGCUGAUGCUGAUUUGGCCUCGCGCGGCAAGUCAACUACCGAAUUAUUUACGCUCGAUAUUUGGUGGCACGGACUGCAUUGGUUGGCCGACGGCGAUCACGCUUCGCCUUGGAUAAGUUUUUUAUCGAAGUCCGUCGACGCCACUGUUAUUGAUCAAAUUACGUCCGAAGAAAAGGUUUCAAAAGUAUGUUUUGAAACUCCUGUUCUCGCUCCGGAGGUCGCUGGCACAGAUCUCGAUAGCUUCACUAUGCCAUUCGAAGUUGAUCAAAAAAGGUAUUCGUCUUUAACAAAAUUUUUACAAUCGACGAAAAAAAAUGAAAGUGUUUAUAAAAGAAAUAUGAGACAACAGUUUUGUUCCUCAAGUUUUUCUGAGUGUCUGGUGUGAAUUUCCCGACAAUUCUUUGCGCGGUGCCAGAGAUAUAAGCUUUGAAACUUUGGAGUAGUCCCUGCUCAUAGUCUUUUCAG